UGUAGGCUUAGAGUUGGAUAACCGCCAAGCGCCAACUCCAUGCUUCGCUUCACGGGAACAAGACUCAGAACAGCGGCGUCCGCAGGCGCUCGGAGCAACGGGUUAGCUUUCCAAUCUCGGAAACGUUCCCUCGUCUUUUCCAAACCCUUCAGGUUUUACGGAACCAACGCCCCUGAUGUCGACCCUGUUUCUCUUCAGAUGAUCAAAUACGCACUCGAUCACGCUAGAUCUCAGAAAUCAGAUGAAUCCUACGCACAAGGCCUCCUUGUUCUGGAGCAAUGCCUCUCCGGUAACUUACGAGAGGGGACAGAUACUUCAAGGGGAAUGGUCCUCCUCGCUAUGUCCAGCUUAUUAUCAGAAAGGGGAAAAAUCGACGAAGCAAUAGAGAAACUGGAGACAAUUCAAGAUUUGUCCCGAUCUUCUUUGGCUCUUAGAGGUUGGUUGGCAUCUUCCUUAUUGUUGUAUUUUAUAUUAAUAUUCAAAAUUUGUUGCCGGCAUCGGAUAAGGAUUUACCGACAUUGGGUGAGGUUUUUGGGACUAGUUGCCAGUGUUGAAUUGUCAGCAAUUUGUAUUCAGAAAAGAAAUGGAAAAAGUUACAGCAGCUGA